AUGUUUUAUCCAACAACAGAAUAUGCUUACAUUGAUGAAAAUGGUCAAACUGUCGAGCCGUCAAGAUUUACUCAACAUGUCUAUCCUGAUAGUAGCGAACCAGCAGCUUCUCAUUUAAUUUUGGAUGAAAAUAGUCCUGAUAAUAAUCAACAACAAAUACAGUAUCGUCCUAUUGUUAUUGAUGGUUCUCAACCAUUAGCCAAAUGUAGUGUACUCUACUUGGGAACAGCUAUUUCUUCACCAGGCCAACGAGGUAUCGAUGCUAUACAAGAACCAUUAUCUCGACGAUAUCCAGUCGAUGGUAAAGAAGUAGUUCGAGGUAUUGAAGCAUGGUUAUCUAUAUAUGAUAAUGGUUUACAAUUGCAAUUUGCUCGUGAUCCAUCUGUUGUUUUAUUUUAUCCGAUUCGUUCUCUUGUUUACUGUGCUAGUAUUCGUUUUGCAACUCGAACACAAACAGGUGCUGAAUUUCCGAAUGGUUGGCGUUUCGUACCAUUGGAUUCGCCAGCUGCCGCUCGUGUAGAAAAUACACGAAAUCCACCAUUAUUUGCUGUAACAUUUCGACGUACACGUCAUUUGCCUGUUGAUGAAUGUCAUAGUUUUGUUACUAAAACAAGACAAGCUGCAUUGGCACUUGUUCAAGCUUGUUUUAGUGCUUAUCAAGCAACUACAUCACAACAAGAUUGUUCAAAAGUACCACUUUAUUUCAAAGUUGAUGAUUAUGGAUCAAAGAAUCAAGAAAUCGAUAAUGAGAUUCGUAUUGUACCAGCACCAGAUCGUGAACGAACAUUAGAUUAUCAGACAAAUAAAGAAGGUGCUGGUUUUUACUAUAAAACCGAUCGAGUACCUAUCGAUACAUGGCAACUAUGGGAACAUCAUAAACAUGAUGUCGAUCGAUCAACAAAGAAAAGUUAUCAUUCAACGUCAAGAUCUCUUUCAUGUAGUUCAAGUCACUCAAGAGGAUCAUCUUCACUUGCAUCAUGCUCAUCAUCUAGUUCUUCAUGUUCGUCAUGUCAACAUAAUCGUCGAAGUCGUCGCCGUCAUCGCCGUCGACGACGACUGGCAUCGAUAGCAUCAAUUUCUGCUGCUCAACAACAACAACAACAACAACAACAACAACAACAGCAAUUUUUUCCUCCGUCUGAAUCUCAAACUGUAUCAAUAAAUACGGUUCCUAGUUCCAUGACAACAGCUUCUGCUCAACAAACAGCACAAUCAUCAGUUGAUCCAUAUGCUCCAGCACCUAAUUUAAUUCGUGUCGAACGUAUAAAAGAUGUGAAUACAGGUCAAGAUGUUUUUAUUCGAUGGGUCAGUGAUGCCACUGCAACAACAGGAACACAUGAUGAUCAACAAAUAUCUGUUCCACAACAAGUUUAUUCUACUCAGCCACCAAAUAGUUCGACAAUCAAUUAUGACUAUCAAAUAGAUCGAGACGUACCAAAUGAAAUUGAACGUUUAACACUGCAUGAUGAGCAUUUAAGGCGAUCUCUCUUAACAAAUGAUAGAUCAGCAUCAACAUUCUCAAAUCAUGAACAGAAAAAACAUAAGAAACGAUCGAAACAAGAAAGAUAUCGUGGCAUGGAUAAUCAAGAAGUUGACUAUGAAGUUGUUAGUGGCUUUUUUGAAGAUCGUAAUGGAAAACGACGUCCUGUUAAACUUGAUCGUUCUCGUAUAAAUACAGUUAAAGAUUAUCGACAUUUAUAUAACGAUGCAGUAAAUUCAUCUUCACCAAACACUGAUCGUCGUCGUAAACAUCGUGCAAAAUCAUUGGCUCGAUCGCCCAUUGACGAACAGCAGCAGCAACAAUUUAUUACGCCAAAUUUUCCUUUGACUAAUCAACCAUUCAUGAGACCGUUCGGUACAUCAUAUCUUCCAUUUAACACACCUUUUUUUCCAAAACAACCAUUCAGUACAGCACCAUUAUUUUCUCGACCAAAUUUUAUCAAUCGCCUACCACUUCCGCAUCCAUCAUUGUGGUAUCGGCCCAUGUAG